UGUGAAAUGUGAAUUAUCAUUUGUCAGCGUCUGUUUAAGUGUAUUCAAUGAGUUGCUAAAAAUUAAAAAUUAAGUUCCAAAAUCUCAAUUGCUGAAUUCCAACUGUUGUAUUUACUUUACAGAUAGUACAAGUUUUAUAUCAAUUAUUUCUACAAUACUGCAGCAACAGACAUCAUGAGUUUCGGACUUCCCUCUGUGAAAGUCAAAGCAGAGCACGAUGCUAAUUUGUGCAAACCUAUUAAUGAGGGAUCUUUUGGUGUACCUGAUCCAAUGAUCGCCGGCUUGACAUCAACCCGACACAAGUUGGCUGUGGCACAUCCUCUUCAAGUAUCAGAGAAAAAUUAUUACCUAAAUGAAGAAAAGAUGAACAUGGCAAUGCUCAGAAACAUACAAGGUCUUCAUGCUCCUUUGAAGUUGUCUAUGGAGAAAAAGUUUUCCAGCAAGGUUGGUCGAUUGCCAUUCUUGUCAAGCUCUAAUUUUCAGUCAGAAGUGCUGACUGGAAGGUACUUAGACAUUGGUUUUGAAGAUAUCCUCAAUGUACCCGAGCUCUGUGAGGUCGCUGGACAACCACAUGCAGUUGUUGAAAGAUCUUUAGGCUUACUGUAAUUCUGAUAUAGGGUAUACAUUUUAAAUAAAACAAUUAAAAAGAAAA